GGCUUUUGGUCAGAUGACAGACAUGGGGGCGGAGACAUGGCCUGCAUCACCUGUCAUAAAACAGGAGGAAAUGGAUGAUGGUGACAUGGAGUCUCAAGGUUAUGGCAAGGAGAUUCGAGACACUCACAAGGCCAACCAGAAUAUCACAGGAGAAAGUGAUGAGCCAGACAGAAGUCCAGCCUCUGGGGGAUCCAGAGAACUUGGACUCGACGACUUCAAGAGAGAACAGAGUCCGUUGCUGGUGUCAGCUGAGGAUGCAGCGGCACCCACAAAGAAGAAAUGUAAUAAUAUAAAAAUGUACACGUGUGAAGUAUGUGGUAAGAUUGAGACCAAGAAAGGCACAAUGACAAGUCACAUGAUAAAGCACACAGGGCUGCUCUUUAGCUGUGAUAUCUGUGGUGAGAAAUUCAAGCGUCGAGACUGCUUGACCAGACACAAGCGCUCCAAUCACUACACAGGGAUCAUCUACAGUUGCUCUGUGUGCGGAAAAACCUUCCGGCAGGCCACAUCUCGCGACACGCAUGAGCGUGGUCACACUGGAAAAAACUAUUGGUGUUCAGACUGUGGCGAGACGUUCAAGGAGCGCCAGGAUCGCGACACACAUGAUUGCAUUGUUUACAAGGGAGACCGMCCCUUCAGCUGCUCAGAGUGCAACGAGGACUUUCAAAGGCAGUACCAUCUCAAACAACACCAGCUGGAAAAACACCCUCUAAUGGUGGACCAGACUGUCCACUAUAAACUCAGAUGCUCUGUGUGUGGAAAAGUGUUCACGCACAUCAAAUGGUUAAUCAGGCAUGAGCGCACUCACAGGGGYAAAAAUGAGCGCAGYGAUCAUGACKCACACGAGUCCUUUGUUGAAGAUCCUAUCAACAAACAACUUGAGUCAAAGGACRUAGAGGGUCAGUUUGGGUCAGUUGAGAGUUCUGAGGCACCCAUAAGGAGUGAAAUMAUACGGUACACCUGUGAAAUAUGUGGAAAAACUUGGGCGACUAAAAGUYGCAUGCGCAGUCACCUGGUAAUACACAAAAAGAAGCACUAUACCUGUGAUGUCUGUGGCAAGGUAUUUAGGCUCAAAUCUCUGUUCACAAUGCAUCAGCUCAGACACACUGGAUUUAAAAGUCAGUACCAGCUUGAAAAACACCCUCUAAAGUUGGAGCAGCCAUGRUCUGAUCAUGAUACUGCCAUGGUAGUUCAGGGAGCACAGCCUUCUACUGACAGUGACUUAAAGACAGAUAUGAGUGCCCUAGGUGGUUCAAGUUCAGGUCCCACAGACUAAGUUGAGCAACGAUCACAGUAACUAUGUCAAAAACGACGUGUUCCUAUAGAAGUCGAGGAAGCACAGCCRACGCCUGCCUGAAAAUGGCUGCUCCCUUUUUGUCCCCACUGAAGAUGACAAGUUAAAUGGCUUCAACUGAAUGAAGUUGUUUUYUAAAGUACAAAACAUUUACACAUGAAUAAAGGGCCAAUGGAGAMUGGGGAAAUAGUGUGUAGAACAGCUACGUGACUGGAAUUAGACGGGAGUGGCAGGGGAUUACAUAUGCGCAGAGAGUGGUGGGCUUCACUGCACAUCGUUCCUCYGGCACCUGGAUMAURUUUUWAAGCAAWUAUUUGAUUCUAAUCCUCAUGUAAAUUUAUUUUAGGCUGAAUUUUGUUACAUGCAGCUUGGAUUUUUCCUUUCAUGCCAAUAAAACUUAUUUGAAUCUGGA